GCGGCGAUAUGCGGCCGGGCGAAGGGAAAGGACGAGGAUCAGGUGCAAUUGGCGGGAGGGUACCUAUUGGGUUGAGAUGAAGGAGGAGACGAUGAUGUUCGAGAGCGAGUCGUGAGACGAGCCAAUCCAUGCCCUACCACUACUCCACGCCACGUCGCGCCUAGCUAUGCCAGCCACAACGUCGCAUGACCCUCUGUGGGGUCGCCUGACCUACGCCACGUCCAAUCACCUUUCGCGAGAGGAUGCGCGUCUUCUCCCUCCCCUCUCGAUCCGCUACGCCCCCCUGAAUCCGCGGCGCAACACCAACAAUUACCUGUAUCGUCGCGCCGUCGCUGGACGUAUCUGGUCCUUGCUCCGCCAGUCACACCCCCAUCAGCGACAGCUGCCACGCAUCGCCUUUCCGCAAACCUCCUGUUCAGGCGUCUCGUACGCGUACGGGUUCAUCGAUCUGGUCUUUCAGGACGAAGCUGCUCAUCAUGCCGCGUUGCAUUCCCUACUCCGCUUCGAGGUGGAUGUGGGUGGCAAAGUCAACUUUGAGCAGGUCAUGUGGUGCGGUUCACUCCCGCGAGGCCUCUUCACGCUCGACUGUGUAGCAAUGCAAUGCGUCCUGCCCGUCGGCGCAGAGGCGAAGUUGAGGAGAUUGGCAAGCGCCGUUGGAGUGUGCGCGGCCGUCACGCUGCUCGAGUGUAGAUGCUGCACAGGCCGUCUUGCAAGCCCGACGUCCAUUUUGCGUGCGUGGUUCAGGCCAGACGAGGGUGAGGGCGAGGGUGCGGAGUUGCUCAAGGGCCUGCCGCCCAACUUGGUGAUCAAUCGAGUGAACUACCCGCUCGUCCUCUCUGGCGUUCGAGGCAUCGAGGCGCUCAGCCCUUGGAUAGCUGCUACGAAGGGUGGGCAAGGCGGAUGGAGGGGAGGGACGAAGCGCUGUCAAGUUUGAAUGUUGUAUGGAGAGCGAGCAAAGGAAGUCGAC